AAUACUUUGGUGCUGUAUGUUUACGCCGUUGAUGUAUAAUGUCCGAACAAAAAAGGGCUACCUUGACAUCAUUAGGUUCUACUAAGAAAGACAAGAAAACUAAAGAUUUACCGAAGACUGUGCGUUUUACUCUAACCCUCGCUGAAUCGAACGAAGAGGCAUGUCCUGAGUUCAACUACAGGGUUCUGCUGGGUUCUGCAGAGCGCAAGCGCAAGGCGACAGCGGCGGCGGCGGCAGCGGCGGCGGCGGCGGGGGCGCAGGGCGGCGAGCGAGACGGUGCAGCGCAGAACGGCCUGGACCCCUUUGCCUCAGACGACGAGGAUCGCCUUAAGGACCUCGCGCGCCAGUUCGAGGAGAAAUAUUAUGAUGAAAUCGUUCCUGAAGAGAUAACCACUGCACAUGGUGGUUUCUACAUCAACUGCGGCCAAUUAGAGUUCAAAGAAGUUGUUGGCUUGUCGGAUGGAGAUGAUGAUCGUGACCUGAAAGUUAAGAAAACCUUGAAGAAACCCAAGAUAAAGCGGACACCAUUACGGGGAACAAACUUGGAACAGCCAGAAUUACUGAGAAAACGCAAGUUUGUAUCUCAUGAACGUGAAUUUCUAAAAAAGAAGAAGAAGCUUGCUAUUGUAGAUUUGCGAAAGAAGGGUCAAACAGUGAAGGAUCUUCUGAGGGAAAAGCGUAGUCAUCUCUCAACUACAGAUUCCAGCAAAAACAUUUCAACAGUUGAUCCUGCACAAUCCCCUUCAACUUCACCUAUUAACUCUCCUGCUUCUGAAACAAAGAAAACUGCUGCCACACCAGAUUCACGGAAACCUGCCUCUGCAACUAGCAUAGUGGAUGCUAUAGAAUCUGUUGUUAAUGCUGCUGCUCGCUCUAAUGAUGACUCCAGCCAGGAUAGUUCAUCUUCUGUAUCAAAGACAGGUUCUGGUUCAAGUGCUUCAUCAGAUAAUAGUGAUGAUAGCCAAGAUGCUGCUCCUUCAUCAACCACCUUGACACCUGUGCAAACUCCAAAUUCUCUUUCAACUACUGAUGUAAAGUCAUCAUCUAUCACCUCUCUAGUUCCUCCUGCUCAACUUCCACCUGGAUUGCCCACUCCUGCCGCAUCACCUGCUUCUGUGGGGUCUCGUGGGGAUGAAACCCAUCUCCCAUCUGACCUGCCCUCUGAUCUGGUGGACUUGCUCACCACAUUGAAAAAGGCAGCUGAGUCUUCAGCAGAAGGCAAAUGCAAGUUUUUUUCUAAUGAUGUAAAUCAGACAUUACUCAGAGUGGAACAAAAAGCCCAGGCUCUGACAUGUUCUCGCAGACAACUAGUAUAUGGCCACUUGGCCUUGUAUCUUCCAUGUACAAAGGACACUCUCAUGAAACGAGCAAAGAAACUGAGGCUCAACAGUGAAGAGCUGAAAAUAAAGGAACCAAUGGCAAGGCUUGAGGCUGCUGUUAAUCAAAUGAUGCCAAUUGUAUUGGAGCAGUACACUCGACAGUAUCAAAAAGUGGUUGAAGAGAAGUGAGUAUGUAAAGAGGUUAGAGGUUUGGAAGAGGUUAGGGAAAACCAAGUGGGCAAACAGCUGGCCCAAAGCCACCCCAUAAUUGGCAGAAAGGAAGAAGACAUAAAAUUCUCAAUGAGGGGCAGAGGGGGCUUUAGCGUUUGGCCACUGGGGAACUGGCAAUCAGGGCAGUCUGACCUCUCUCUUUCACACAAAAGAAAAUUAUACAAAUGAAAUAAAGAAUUCAUAUGAAAAUAUUGCAGUUUCGUAUAUUCAAGUAUGGGUUAACAUGUGCAUGCUGCAUGUAGAAGUUAUGCAAAAGUUAUUGUUCUGAAAGUCAGACUGCAUAAUGUCCCCUGAGCCCAGUAUACAAUAGAUUAGGCCCUAGGAUAGAUGUGUUUAACUGCUCCAUGUGCCCACAGUUCAAUGCUGACUUUGUGUUCCUUUGUGUUUGCACAGCCCUCAAAUGUACUUGGAGCUGUGUAGGUACUACUGGUAAGCCCCACAAUUGUUCUUUGUUCUCAAGUGUGCGCGUGGUGGGGGUGGGCACUCUAUCUCUGUCUCUCUUUCUCUGUCUAAAUUUUCUUUCUCUCUGCCUUGUGGUGUCACGUGCUCGUAUGAGUGUGUGCUAGCGUGCAUUUGCUUUUCGCUUGCCACUGGGGCUUGGCGCAGAGGUGCUGGGCAGCUUUUGCUCUUGCGCUUGCGUUCAUGCAUUGGGCGAGCGGUUGUUUGCACUAAUAGGCUGACGUGUCUCAGGGUUGCUGUUGCUCAUUGGCUUUUGUUCUCCCUCCAGGAGUAAUGAUGAAGGACCUCCAUUGGAUGGAAAGGAAACCAAAACCCGCAUUCCACGUAAAACAUUUCCUUGGAAUGCAGAUACAAGGACACUUCUACAGCAAGUGGUGACUAUAAAGAGACAGUGUCUACUGCUUCAAAAACCUCGCAAAGAAUCUAAAGAAGAACUCCUGCGGGCAUUUUUGGAAAGCUCUGUGCUACCUUUGUGGCCUCCAGGUUGGAUGAAGAUAAACAUCCUCCUUCGUGAGUCUGGAUUGAGGCCAGGCGGUGGAGCACCCCGCAAUUACUCAGCAAAUAUUGUACCUAGCCCCAUCCCCACAGUUGUGGCCAGCCCUACUGCCACUACCCCUAGUGCCACCAUCACACCGUUACCAGGCCCAAAGGUGCGCAAAUCUGGUAUUCUGAAGAAGGCAUCCGCAUCCCCGUCAGCGUCGGCAUCGCCGUCGGCGCUGUCUACCCAGCCGCCACCUCCCGCGCCUGCUGCCUCUCCGCCCGCGGCACCGCGGGUGAAGACGGAGACAGCAGCCCCCUCUCCCCUGCACCCGCCUCCGCCACCCGCGUCACAGGGACGCCAGUCGCCGUACACGAACAGCGGCAGCCCGGGAGCCAGCGCCAGCGCCAGCGCGGGCGUGUGUGCCGGCCCCACGCCUAAGGCGCCAAAGAGCGUCAUCGAGCGGGUGCCUAGUGUGCCGGCCAAGGGGCUCGACCUGUCGAUAGGCGCUGCGACGCGCGCCGUGCUCUCCGGCAGCCCCACGAAGCUGAAGGGCGGCUCGGAAAUCAGUAUCAUCCCCAUGAGCGGCCCGGGGCGUCCGCCGCCUUUGACGCCGCCGCCCGUGCCCACAGGUCCUCCGUCGGCGCCGCCUGCCGCGCAGUCGGCAGCAGUGUCCGCCGCUGCGGGACUGCCGCUUAUUAACAUCCCCGACUGCAAUCAGUGUCACCCCCGCCACUUGCCCCCUCCGCGCCCGCGCCCGCGCCUGCGCCGUCGGCCGCCGCUCCGGCGCGUCCAUGAGUCUAAGCAACGCAUCCUCCUGACACGGAAAUCAGCGGACAGGCCCUCGCACGCAUACACCGCAGUCAGCCCUCCCGAAGACGAGGGUAUCGAGGUCAUCGAGAUUACCGAAGCCCCCGCCGCGACAUCGCGCCUUGCCCUGACACCCAAGGAAAAACCUCAGCUCCUCGACCCGACCCCGCGAUGCCCCCGUACCCCAUUCCAGCCACCUAUGCACCCUCCCACGUCGCACCCACCCAGCCCAAUCCAGCAAGCGCACUCGCACGCGCCCGCCGCGCAUGCGGAGACAGACGCCGCCACCACGCUGCUCACCCAGAUCAUCACGACUCGCUCUCCAACUACCCCAACUCUGGCACUCGAGCUCCGAAGCGUCAGCGUCAGCGCCAGCACCUGCGCCUGCGGGGCGGGGUGCGUCGUCUGCGAGAGACGCGCCGCCCCAAUCGGUUCACCAUCGCUCGUGAUCCAGCGACCGCGCGCGGCUCGCCCCCCAAGCAGCCCCUCCCAACGCCCCCGCCCCAUUCCCUGCGAGCGGAGCGCUCGGGCAGAAAACAUACGAGCGCCCGCAAGCGCCGACCGCCGAGUGUCAGUCAGCUAGAAGUGGACCGCUUAUGAAGGAACUCAUCGAGUUGCAGGCCAUAUAACGGAGAAGAAGGAGGCCCGGCGCCGCCCCCGCCGAGCCGCCCAAAUCUCUUCAGCCGUGUAGGGGUGCCGCUGCGCUCCACGGCGCGGUAGUCGACGCGCGGCGGUCGGGUGCGGCGGCGGCGCCUGGGCCGGAGCAGGCGCGGCGCUGACGACUGCGUCGCGCGAG